AUGUGUUGCUCUGAUUUCCUAUAUGAGGCCCUCCAUGGACCACCCAAGAAAAUCUUGGUAGAAGGUGCAAACGCAGCAUUGUUAGAUAUUGAUUUUGGAACAUACCCUCUUGUGACCUCUUCAAACUGCACUGUUGGAGGUGUUUGUACAGGUUUGGGUAUGCCCCCUCAAAAUGUUGGAGAAGUAUAUGGAGUUGUAAAAGCUUAUACCACUAGAGUUGGUAUUGGUGCCUUCCCCACAGAGCAAGACAAUGAAAUUGGAGAAUUAUUACAAACAAGGGGUAGAGAAUUUGGAGUAACUACUGGGAGGAAAAGAAGAUGUGGCUGGUUGGACCUUGUGUUACUCAAAUAUGCUUAUAUGAUCAAUGGAUUUACAUUGGUCCUUACCAAGUUGGAUAUUUUGGAUAUGUUUACAGAAAUCAAAGUUGGUGUUGCUUACAAAUGAGAUUGGUAAAUCAUACCUCAUUUCCCAGCAAACCAAAAAGUCUUAAAUAAAGUGGAAGUUCAGUAUAAGUCUUUCCCGGGAUGGAAGACAGACAUAUCUAAUGCAAGGACAUUUAAGGAGCUACCUGGCAAUGGUUAA